GGGGAUGAAGCUAGGGAGAGGGGAGUGGGGCUGCCUCUGAGCCAACGCCGAGGGACGGGACGGGACGGGGCGCGCCCCGCCUGCCGUCCCUCAGCGCUUCUGGGCCCAGACUCUCCCUGGGCCGCCCCCACCCAGCCAUGCCAUCCCCUCUGCCUCUCGCCCAUCUUCCGCCCGGCGUGUCCCUGACCUGCUCCUCCGAAGCUCCUCUUGGGAUGACGUGGCUGUGGUCGCUGCUGCUGCUAGGGCUAGGCCUGGGCCAAGGGGCCUGGGGCAAGCCCCCCCCGGACGCCGGGGUCCCCCUCUCCAGCCGGGUACACCAGCAGGCGCCGCUGAGUGAGGCCAAGCACGACGACUCCCACGGAGACUUCCAGUUUGACCACGAAGCCUUCCUGGGCAGGGAGGCAGCGCUUGAGUUUGACCAGCUCAGCCCGGAGGAGAGCAAAGCCGGGCUCGGGCGGAUCGUAGACCGAAUGGACCGAGAUGGGGACGGGGAUGGCUGGGUGUCCCUGGAUGAACUUCGGGCUUGGAUCGCUCACACUCAACAGCGCCACAUCCGAGACUCGGUCACCAGCGCGUGGGAUACCUACGACACGGACCGAGACGGCCGCGUGGGCUGGGAGGAGCUGCGCAACGUCACCUACGGCCACUACCAGCCUGGAGAGGAAUUCUCCGACGUGGAAGAUGCCGAGACCUACAGGAAACUGCUGGCUCGGGAUGAGAGGCGGUUCCGGGCGGCUGACCAAGACGGGGACUUGCAUGCCACCAGGGAGGAGUUCACGGCCUUUCUGCACCCAGAGGAGUUUCCCCACAUGCGAGACACUGUUAUUGCCGAGACCAUGGAGGACUUGGACAAGAACGGAGACGGCUACGUGCAAGUGGACGAGUAUAUAGCGGACCUGUACUCCCCGGAGCCGGAGGGAGGUGAGGAACCGGCCUGGGUACAGACGGAGCGGCAACAAUUCCGAGACUUCCGGGAUCUGAAUGGGGACGGGCACCUGGAUGGGCGUGAGGUGGGGCACUGGGUGCUGCCCCCAGCCCAGGACCAGCCGCUGGUUGAGGCCAAUCACCUGCUGCAGGAGAGCGACACCAACAAGGAUGGGCGCCUGAGCAAACAGGAGAUCCUGGGAAACUGGAACAUGUUCGUGGGCAGCCAGGCCACCAACUACGGCGAGGAUCUGACACGGCACCACGAUGAGCUCUGAGCGCCUCCGCGCCCGCCCGUAGCUCAGGGCUCCCCAGCAUUCUCAAACGUGGGGGGGCAGCUGAGUGGCUCACAGGAUGGAGAGCCAGGCUAGAGACAGGAGGUCCUGGGUUCAAAUCUAGCCUUAGACACUUCCUAGCUGGGUGAGCCUGGCCAAGCCACUGAACCCCCACUGCCGUGGGACCAAAGUUCAUAUCCAUUGUAAGAUAGAAGGCGGGGGUUAUGAAGCCAGCCAGCCAGAGUCCCCAAGCCCUGGACUCCAGCAGCACUUAGUGACUACUUUCUCCCCCUUUUAUGGAGUUUCUUUUCGAUUCUACACUCUCCCUCCCCACCCAUAGAGAAGACCAGAAAUAACACGACACGCACCACUCGGCAAAAUAUCCUUUACUCAGCUGUGCCAGGCUGGGGCUGAUGGUACGGAGCCCCACAAAAUCCUUCCUCACUCAAGGGCUUUCCUUGGGGACCGUCUGUCCCCCCCAAUCCUGGGAGCCCCAGGAGCCACCAACCAUAGCUUUCAGGGUGUAGAAGUCCGGGCCCCUCCCGGCUCCUCCCAGCCUUUCCCAGGCCUGUCAGGAUGAGCACUGGGACCCCCAAAGUCACGAGUGUAGGAAAUCUGAGCCCGACCUGGCAGGAAGAACCGAUUCUCUUUAUGCCUCCCUUGAGGCCGCACCCCCAUGUUCUGAGCCCACGGAUGGGCGGGACGGGGGCUGGAAUAAAAGCUGAGGCCUCAA